AUGGAAGCACUCCGCGUAGCAGCACGUGAGGCCCUCCGACGACGAGAUUCUCAUGCAAUUACAGAGACAUGGUUGGAUAGUAUCACCAUUCCAGAAGAACUGAAUAUACUAUGGCAAGAUAUAUUGUCACAUCAAGAUACCACAGAGACAGCCGAGAAUCUCCUGGUCGCUCAAGCUUUCCUAAAGAGCCGAAGCUCGACGAGUGUAUCCGAAUUGUCUGAAUCUGACAAGGAUACUGUCGAUAAUCUCUAUAGCUGGUCCAGCAAAUUAGCACUACCUUCUGCGAUCUUCGCAGCGACAGAGGUAGAGUCAUUGGAUGCCGAGAAGAACCAAGUGCUUUGCGAAAACAAAGUCAAGUUAGAGCUUGCAAUCUGCGUUUUGGAGCAACUAGACUCAUUUGUGCCAAUCGAGAAAGCACCGAACGUAGUUGAUGUGAUCGUUGCUCUGGCAAGCCAUGCCUCUGAUCAGGACCCUUGGACUACCCAGCAAAGCUAUGCAGCAUCGAGGACUGUUUUAGAAGGCUUUGUCGCAAGAGUCCGCGCCGAAUCAGAUAACUCGUUCUGGUCUCUUAUUGAAAGACUUCUUACAGAGAGGAUCAAGCCUCUAUUCGCAAAGACGAAGAAUCCUGCAAUCACUGAAGCGGGUCGAAAGAAUUUUCAUCCUGUUCCUUUACCGCGAUUUGAUGCCAGUAUAAUCGACCCGGAAACGAAGCCCUGGAAGAUUCAAAGUGUCUAUGCUACGACUUUGCUAUCCUGGGUGAUUGCGCAGUAUCAGUCGAAAGACCGAUCCCAUCUGGAGGCGCAUUUUCCACUGCUCGUGCCACCCGUUCUGGCAUUAAUAGACGAUGACAGCAUCGCAUACAAGACCCGUGGCUGCAUUCUUCUCUCUCAGAUUCUCAGCCCAAUUCGAGAAAGCAGGUCUGAUAUCCUGCAACGGACAAACCUGGCAUCGGUCUUCGAGGAUGCCGUCAGACCCUGCCUCCUCUGUCUACCCUCCAUCACGCCCGAAGACGACGCCAUCAAACUCCUCAAUGUAGCCUAUCCAGCGCUACUAUCCCUCUUACAAACUAACUACCUCAACGCCUCCCCUUCCGGAAUGCUAAAACCAUCAGCCGCUCACAAAGACGCUUACAUAUCCGGCGUGACGAAGACCCUCCGCGAGAACAUCAUCCCAUCCUUCCAUCACAUCAGCUCCACAAAUAGAACCUCCUCCUCAUCCUUCGCCUCGUUCCCGUACCCGCGCCUCUCGACCCUGCUCGUCAACCAGAUGUGCCCCCUGCUCUUCGAGCUGGGCAUCCACACGACCAAAUACCUCCAGGAAAUCAUCCCUCUGCUAUACAGCACCCUAUCGAACCCCUUCGGCCCAGCACACCCGCCUCUUCUCGUCGCCGCGGUCGCAGCAGCUCGCGCAGUGAUCUUGAACGCGCAUCCCCGCUUGUGGCGGUGGCGCGGCGAGAUACUCGGCGCAGUGUGCUCGUGCUGGUUGCAUGCAGCGGAGGAAGAAGACGAGAUCGCGCAGAGGACGGCGAAAAGCCAGAGUACAGACGCGGACCAGGAGACGGGUGUUGCUAUGACGAAGCUGAAGAAGGAGCUGAAGGGUGUGGUGUAUUUGCUGAGGUUUGCGCUGGAGAACCCGGCGCAGCCGGAUGGAGAUGCCGGUCAGUUGGAAGCUAAGGCGGUCAUUCGGACGGAGCUACAGGAGUUAAUUGACGCGGACAAGUCGCUUGUGGAUUUGCUUCUUGCUGAUAUUGAUCCUGAUGAUGCGGACAUUUUCGGGCUGGAUCCUUGA